GUGAAGCAAGCAUGGCGGGAUCUCUGAGUGCCUCUGAGGUCAUCUUCAUCUCUGUCGGUCACAGCAUCACUUUGAUGGGAAAGAUGUGGCUCAUCCUGAUGAUUUUCCUGCGGGUCCUGAUCCUCCUCUUUGCUGGUUAUCCUCUCUAUCAGGACGAGCAGGAGCGAUUUGUGUGUAACACUAUUCAGCCCGGCUGCGCCAACGUGUGCUAUGAUCUAUUUUCUCCCAUCUCUCUCUUCCGCUUCUGGCUGGUGCAGCUCAUUAUCUUGUGUCUCCCCUACAUCAUCUUUAUCAUUUACGUGGUCCAUAAGGUCUCGAAUGACCUCACUCCUCGCCGUUGUUUAAGACCAACCAGGAGCCGUUCAGCAAGGCAUCCGUAACCAAGACCUCUGGUGACUGAGCGAGGAUGGGUCCGGUGCUUCACGGGGGCCUACAUCCUCCAUCUGAUGUUCAGAACACUGCUGGAGGCAGGGUUUGGGGCAGCGCACUAUUAUCUGUUUGGUUUCUACAUCCCCAGGAGGUUCCUGUGCCAGCAACCUCCGUGCACUACCCAGGUGGACUGCUACAUCUCCAGGCCCACCGAGAAGACUGUGAUGCUCAACUUCAUGCUCGGUGUGGCUGCUCUUUCCCUUCUCCUAAACGUGUUGGAUUUCAUCUGCGCCAUCAAGCGGUCGGUUAGGCAGAAGAGCAAGAAGAAGGUGAUGUUGGAGAAGAUUUAUGAGGAAGAGCAGUGUUUCCUUUCAGGCAGAGGAGCCUCCAGACGAAUGGACCCGAAUGCCUCCAUGGCUCAACCGGAUCUAGAGGCAGAGGCUUGUCACGCAGGGAGUUUCCGGAAGAGGCAAGGCAGCAAGGGCUCUGGUGGAGGGGGUGUGCUGGCUUUAGGUCAGGAACCACCCUGCCUGGAGCGCUCCUCUCUUCCACGCUCUCCAGGACCUCCAGGCUGCAACACUAACGGGAACAAUGGCUACUCUUUUUCCCAAGAGGAGGCUCUGGAAAGGAAUGGCAGCGAGGUGGCUCUCUGCCCCCCAGAGCCAGUGGGUACGCCCAGAUCCAUUCGUGUGAGCAAACGCAGUCGACUCAAACCGCCACCUCCACCUAGACGGGACCUUGGGUCUUCCCCUGCGGAGCCAGCAGGGCCCUUCGGGGACGUUUCCACAGCAACAACGAUCUGUACCAGAAAGGUGGGUCAGUAUACGUUGGUUGAGCUGGGUAGCGGGGCAGAGUUACAGACCAGUGAUGAUGGGCAAGAGAAAAGAUCAGAGUGGGUGUGAUGGUUGGAUUGCUUUAUUUCCAGGUUAUUUUGGAACACAAGGAUGGGACGAAAAGAUUUGAGAGCAAUAUGAGAAACAAACAGAGAUAACCCAGGGCUUACACAGUGGCAACAACUGUCGGAGCUGACAUCCUGCCAUGCUCCGCACCUCGUUUUGAAAUGCAGACUGCACUGCCACUCAAGGAGAAUCCAAAACGGAAAUGCGUUCACCAGACACCUUUUAGACUCAUGAGGCAUAAUCACAUUUGCUGUGAUUUCAUCACGCCAUCAGAUCACAUUGCCUUUGAGGAGCAGUAGCUGAGUGAUGCAAAGCGACAAGAAUCCAAAUCCUGAAUGGGACCUCUCUUAACAAAACAAGUAAAGAAUGACAGGACACUCUAGCCUUGAACAAACCUCAGCCUUGAGAAAAUCUAAAAGAGAGCAGUCCACCUGUUUCUUCCCUUGUUGGCUUUUACCCCCUACCUCCCUGGACACACUGUCUAUAAACAAAGACAGGCCUUGACCUGUCCCACAUAUCCAAGCCCACCUACCACCACAUGAUACCACGGUCUCUUUUGUGUUUGGAUCACUGAGGUCAAAGGACAUGGAGUAGUCUCCAGGCCCUGCGCUUGGGGGGACCUUUUGGAAUCAGAGGGUCAAGCCCAAAUGAAAGGCAAUAAUCUGACUAAGGUGGUGUUAUUUAACUCACGGAAUGGAAAAGGAUUCCUCUGUCAGAAGUGAAGGACACUACGAAGUCCCCAGAAAGCAUAGACUCACAAAGCAAUUAUGUUCCCCCAUAGGGGCUCUGUAUUUAUGGAGACGGCUUGUCACUCUAUUUCAGGGCCUCGCGGAGCUUAGGAGGAAUACAAGCCUGAACAUACACUGUGACUAGAAAUAGAGCAGGGCGGAGCGCUGCAAAGGAGCGGAGUGGCCCGUUGCCCUUCAGGAUAUCUCCUCUCCGCUUGCUUUCACCCUUGAUCAAAGCUCAGAUGAAUGUGGUUCAGACACCAGCUCCCACUGUGACACACGUCACAAGACAGUAUAGUUCAAUUAGCUUGUUCCUUUGCUGAAAUGUUUCCAGAUUUUUUUUAGCAGCAGUGUAACCUGUCAGUCUACUUUCGUGAAGUCUCUGGACUACUUUAUACAGGUGAUUGUGAAGAGACUCCCACAGUAAAUCAGUGGCAUCACAGAAAGACUUCCACGCUCUAUAGCUGAGGGGCCAGUCUCUGUGUAAACGGAUAGCUCUUGAUCUUCCUCCUCUUGUGGUCUCUUUGAAGGUGACAACAAAAGCCUCGUAUCUCACCUAUCUACUGAGGGCUGCACCCUGACUGUCAUAAGAGUGACCACAGGGGGUUUUCAUGAGACCACAACAGGUCUAAUGGUGCCGCACCUCCUCCAUACACAGUGUUUA